AGUCACUCCAUAUUCUGUAAAAUAAAUCAAUGAACGAAGUAAAGAGCAAAAAUGUACAUAUUUAACGAGUGAAAUAUAGUUUGCAUUCACUGAAACACUCAGGCUCCCCUGACACUGUCUGUGAGGACUGACUGAGCAUUACCAGGCUAAUUUGGAAAAACUCUUCUAUCACUUAGCUUUACAUCACUCCUUGCGUCACGUGGUGCGCCUCUGACUGGGUGGUGGGCGUGUCUUAAACAGUGGGGUUUCAUUCAUAAAUACGUUUAGCUUUAAGAUCCACAUUGAAGUGUUCACAGAAGAGUUUGGUGUUAUUGGCUUUGCCCUUCCACCCCUGCAUGGACCCGGCCAGUUGAGUAGCCAUGCAGCACUGCCGUCCUGUUGCUCCGAGGCCAGUGGGCCAGCCCUGAGGGGGAACAGUGCUGCUGGGGCUCAGUCAGCUGGUUGGGCUGAGGUGGCCGAGAGGAUGCAGCAAGGGAGCUGAGGAGGAGACUCCUGAGCCACAGCCUGACACACACAUCCAGAGCUGCUGCUGCGCACUGCCCUCCAUCAGGGGGGACUCUCUAGUUGGCCUGGACCAUGAGCAAUGAGUCUACCGUCUGGAACAUCCUACCAGAAAACUCUACAGAGAUCCCAUUCGAGGCCACGGAGCAGCAAGAUGGCUAUGUGCUCCUCCUGGUGAUCUUCUCCAUCUUCCUGGUAGGAACGGUGACCUUCGUCUCUGUCUUCCUCGUCGCCUGCCGCCGCUGCUGUCGGGGAGGGCAAUGCUGUGCCAGGGCCAGCGAUGACCCUGAGAAAACCAACACCACCUACGUGGAGGACUCUCAGCCCACCCAUGAAAUCACCAUCAGGGUGGAUGAGUCAGAGUGCCUGUCAAUGGCCAGCUCUCACGACCAGGAGACUGAGCGCUUCCUCUCUACGGGCACCACAGGCCGCCGCGUCUCCUUCAAUGAGGCUGCGCUCUUCGAUCAUGGCAAGAAGGCCCAGGAGAAGGGCCGCAGGUACACUCUGACAGAGGGCGACUUCCACCACCUGAAGAACGCCCGGCUCACACACCUCCACAUCCCUCCCCCGGGCCUCAAGAUAGUCACUAUCCAUGAGUGCGACUCGGCCGAGAACAGCAUCACCAUGACGGCGCGCCCUGUCGCUAAGUCAGCACUUUCCAUCUUCCAGCCGAUGCUGUGCCCCCUACCACAAACGGCGUUGACCAGCCUGAAUGUCAAUCCCAGCUGUGCCCUCCCCGGAGAUGCUUUUAACUCUGUAGUGGACACCAGCUUCAGCAAGAACACUAUUGCUCUCAGCGUUAAAGAGCCAAGCUCCAGCUCUAUCGAGAUGAUGGGAGCGGGGCCCCGGGGCAGAUGCAGCAGCGCCAGUGUCGGAGAAGGGGCCGCGGUGAGGAGCGGUGGUGCCCCUCAUGCUGGCGGCGGUGCAGGAAGCCAGGGGCCCGUGCUGCAGUUCUUCACUAAACUGCGGCGCCAUGCUAGUCUGGAGGGGGCCAGUCCUUACUUCAAGAUCAAGAAAUGGAAGCUGGACAGCAGCCAGAGAGCCUCGAGUCUGGACACCAGAGGCUCUCCAAAAAGGAGACAGUUCCAGCGUCAGCGAGCCGCCAGCGAGAGCAUGGACCAGGACGACAACGACGCGCACCACAUAGACCUCAUCCAGUACAUCGCCCGCACCCAGGACAUCACCUACUGUCCCAGCCACCCCACUACACGCCUCCUCUCGCCUCCAUCCACACCACCCCCCUCCCUCGGCAGGGUAGAGGUAGAGGUGAUGGUGGAGCCCAGCUGCAGCCAUGGAGGACCAGGGGUGAUUGGCCUAUCCCCUGAUCCCCAAGACGAAGCACUGUCCCUGGCAAGAAGGGAAGGUGCGGACCCUUCGGAACCCCUAGAACCCCAGGACCCCCAGUCCCAUUACAAUGACAUCUGGACCCUACGUGCGACACUGGAACAAUACGCCGCCUCUGAUCAGAGCAGCAACAAUGACAGGAACUCUGUCUGCAGCGAUGCUGAAAGUGUGUGUUCGCUGGGCGUGCGCACAGAGACCGAAAGAGGAAGGCUGCUCAGCUACCCGUCCCAGGAUUUAGGGGAUGAGGCAGAGGGCGGAGAGGAUGACAAGGACGUUUCGAUGUAUAUGGACGAGAGGUUGGGGGUGAAGGAGGGAAGAAAGAGGAAACAGGAAAGCACAGAGUCAGAGCGAGGGAGCAGCGACGGAGAAACAGGGACUCGUAAAUUGCUGCAGAUGGACAGCGGCUACGCGUCGAUAGAGGCUCCUUCUCGUGGUCCUGAAGACCUGCGGCUGUUUGGGAGCUUCAGCAGCAGCCCAAAGGACAGAACCGCCCACGAGAAGAGGCACCACUUUACCAACGCAGGGCGGACGGGCACUGUCGGCGAGAGCUUUGAGUCUCAUCUCUUCGAGGAGGAGCCCGAGGAAGAGUUGCUGUUGGGUGCCAGCGGAGGACUUUCCGUAGAAACAGGUGCUGGUUCACUGAGCUGGUUCCCGUAUGGUCAGAUGCUCACACCGCGAGAGGCUGCGCAGCCUUCACCUCAACCGCCGGCGUUGCACCGGCGAGACUACAGCAUAGAUGAGAAGACGGACGCCCUCUUCCACGAGUUCCUCCGCCACGACCCUCAGUUCGACCAGCAGGAGUCACCGCUAAGGAAGCACCGGUCCCGGAUCCACCUCCGCAAGCAGUGGCAGCGCCACAAGCAGUGGAGCGACCCUGGUGUCAGACACUUCCAGUCCUCUUUUGAGAGACAGCGGACCCCGCUACGGAGGGGUGAGAGCGUGAACUACCCACUGGACACAAGCUACCACAGCACGCUGCCCCGCAUCGUCAGCGGUCCAGACGAGGAGACCAGCGACGGGACCGGCAGCACUCCUGACACUCCGAAGGAGCCCACGAAUGCUAAGAGUGGGGGCAAGGACAGGGAGCAGAGUGUCCCUGUCAGAGACACUGGGGACCAUGCCUCCUCCUCCUCCUCUCCUCCACCACCUCAUCAUCCCUUCAUCUCAGAGAAAGACGAAAGGCUGGGGGCGCCCCACGAGCCUCAGGAGGACAGCAAACAGUCUGGGCUCCCUCCCGAGCCCCCGGACGAGCGCUUGCCCCCUCAGCUGCCCAACUCCUCAGGCUACGGCCCGCAGACCAUCACAGCAGAGCUCACAGACAAACUGGCCGCUAACCUCGACGAGAGGCUGUACACGGGCCUUCGCAGGGCCAAGGACACAGCCACCGAAUGUGUGACGGUGGCGGCCGCACACGCUUCUCCGGACCACAGCCCAGUGUAGCAGGGCUUCAGUCGUCCUCCCCGUCAACCUCACUCCUGCUGAAACACACGUUUCUUCCCGUUACUGAUGUGUCUCGCCUCCGUUUCAAACUUCUCUGUGUUACAGCUUGAACGGUGUGAUCCAGGCCCAUUAACACACUAUGAAAAGUAUGCUUUAAAUCAUCAUCUUACGUACAGCCGAUGCACUAGAAAUGCAGCCAGUCUGUCUUCAUGCCUGUUGACAUUACAAAGCUCUUUUUUCAUUGAUGUAGAAAGAUUCAUUUCAAAAAUAAUAGACAUAGCUAACGUAUCAAAAACCAUAUGGUUUCAGUAAUAAUUGUUUCUGUGUCUAUUUCCAUCUCUACUGCUGCCUUCCUGUCUCUGCUCUCCAGUACGAAUAAGCGAAGCUGAGGGCUAAUAUGGCCUCUGUACUUGUUGAUCCACUGUGAAACCAGGUGCUAUUAGAGGAAAGCUACAGAUCUGGACGCAACAGCUAGUCACAUGAUCAUGCAUUAGUGGGAAAAUAAGUCGCUUUUAUCACUAUUUAUGGGCUACAAACUGAUUUAAAACACCAACAUGAAUCAAUUAAAGCUAUAUGAGGCAUACUUAGGUUGUUGACACUGGAGGUUUAGAUCAGUAGUUCCCAACCUGGGGGUCCCAAGAGAAGUCUGAUUAUAUGUUUCUAUUACUAUUUGGUUUGGUUUUGUCUUAAGCAGUCAGUACUUAAGGACCACUCUCUCCCACUUACGCCAUUUUCAGUCAACGUGGAAGCUAUGAUAGCGAUUGCUAGGAGCAGUUAUAGCUGAAAUAUGUCUAUAUAAAAUAUAAUAGUUAUUAUAUAAGUCGACUUACAACACCCUGUAGAGCUACGUCAUCUCAUCCAUGCUUGUUGCCAUGUUUCAUGGAUGUAGCUAGGUAACUAGCUAUGUAGGAAGAUAAUGGCCCCAUUCUUAAUCCCGCCCACAAAGCUCUGAUUGGUGCAUUGUUUCUCCAAUCGUGGUAAACAUCACUCAAGUCAUUAGGUCAUUGGGUCACAAGUAGACAUUAUUUGAUUUUAAGGGGCCGCAAGCCAAAAAGGUUGGGAACCACUGGUUUAGACAGACAUAACAUACAGUUAGCAAAGGCCAGAACAGUUCUCAUAAAAUGUUCUUUUGAAAAGGAAGAUGUCCUUUGAUCCUAACUGCGGGUCAUGAUGACUGGUCGUGACGUUUGUUGUUUUUGACUGAAAACGCUUCUCAGCUAUGUGUCGACUUUGUGUCGUUUAUUUUUUUAAAUUUUAUUUUAUGAAUUGUAAUAUAUUUUUGAACGUCUAAAUUGCUUAAAUGACAAUGAAAACUGAGAGUGUGGCAGGUUUGAAGAGGACAGGUUCAGAACUAACAAACACUCCGGUCACAGAUAUCACAGUAAUCUCCGUAAACGAUGACUCUCUUAGUACUAGUGACAUGAGCUCUGUCCUAACAGGGAGAACAAACUCUUGUGUCUUGUCUUGUCUCUCCUGUCUUGUGCACAGGUUUUACAGCCAAGAGGUGGGCACUUAACAUUUAAGCUAUUAGACAAGAUGGCUGCCCUCAAAGACGUUUGGUGUUUAUUUAAUUUAUAAGAAAGGCAUGCUUUCUUGUGCAUGGGGCUCACAGAACAGGCUUUAUUUGUCCGCUUCUGACAUUCUUGUUUUCCCCUCUUCCUCUUCUUCUCCUGAGAAAGUUGACAGUGCAGUAGAUGGCUCCCGCGGGUGG